GAUCCUCAACGCAUUGAACAAUUUUCAGAUUUGAAAGUAUAAAAACCCUAGCCGACCUCUCUGUUCUCGGUUGUCUUGUACAGAGCACAUCACUCCAUUUUGAUCUCCUCCCCAUCUUGCAAUCGGCUCUCUUCUUUGUGUACAGGCUCCCCAAAUCGACACAGCCCACAGAAAGCAAGAAAGAAGGAGAAAGCAUGUUGGACAUAAAUCUAUUUAGGGAGGAAAAGGGCAACAACCCAGAAAUUAUACGCGAAUCUCAGCGUCGUCGAUUUGCAAAUGUAGAAAUUGUUGAUGAAAUUAUUGAUCUUGACAGGAAGUGGCGAGAACGUCAAUUUGAGCUUGAACAGUUGCGCAAAGACUUUAACAAGAUCAACAAAGAAGUGGCUAAACUUAGAAUCGCUGGGGAAGAUGCCAGUUCCAAGAUAAAAGACACAGAGGAAAACAAGGACUCAACUGCAAAGAAAGAUUUAGAGGUUCAGGCAGCUCGUGCAGCAUUAUAUUCAAAAUUGGAGGUGGUUGGGAAUCUUGUGCAUGAUUCUGUUCCUGUUAGCAAUGAUGAGGCAAAUAAUGCUGUUGUCCGGGAUUGGGGAGAGAAAAGAACAGAGCCAAACCUAAAAAAUCAUGUCGAGCUUGUCGAACUUCUUGGAAUUGCAGAUUUGAAAAGAGGUGCUAAUGUAGCUGGUGGUAGAGGAUUUUAUUUAAAAGGAGAUGGUGUGCGUCUGAAUCAAGCUCUUAUAAACUUUGGACUUGAUUUUCUUGAGAAAAGGGGGUUCACAUCGUUGCAAACUCCAUUCUUUAUGAGGAAAGAUAUAAUGGCAAAGUGUGCUCAAUUAGCCCAAUUUGAUGAAGAACUUUACAAGGUAACAGGUGAGGGAGAUGACAAGUAUCUGAUUGCUACUGCUGAACAACCACUUUGUGCUUAUCACAUAGAUGACUGGAUUCAUCCAACACAGCUACCACUAAGAUAUGCUGGAUAUUCAUCUUGCUUCCGGAAGGAAGCUGGGUCCCAUGGUCGUGACACUCUUGGAAUCUUCCGUGUUCAUCAGUUUGAGAAAGUGGAACAGUUCUGUAUCACCAGCCCUAAUGCUAAUGACUCAUGGGACAUGCAUGAGGAGAUGAUCAAAAACUCUGAGGACUUUUAUCAAAUGUUGAAUUUGCCUUAUCAUGUGGUGUCCAUAGUCUCUGGUGCACUAAAUGAUGCUGCAGCAAAGAAGUAUGACUUGGAAGCAUGGUUUCCUGCAUCCAAAACCUACAGAGAGCUUGUGUCAUGUUCAAAUUGCACUGAUUACCAGUCAAGAAAGUUGGAGAUUAGAUUUGGGCAGAAGAAGAGCAAUGAACAAACAAAGCAAUACUGUCAUUUAUUGAAUUCCACACUCACAGCAACAGAGAGGACAAUGUGUUGCAUUCUGGAGAAUUACCAGAGGGAAAAUGGUGUUGAAGUGCCUCAAGUGUUGCAGCCUUUUAUGGGUGGAAAGACGUUUAUGCCCUUCAUAGCUCCUCCUGCUGCUACUAAAGAAACAAAAGGAGGAAAGAAAUCAAAGUAGUAGUUACUACUUGUUAUUUGCUUCCACAAAUACAUACACUUGAUUUCUAUGGUUUUUUUAUUUUGGGAUGAUACGAUAGGUUUUUGGGUGUUUGUUGUUGCUGAUGAUAGAAUGAAUUGCAUGUGUUUUAUUUGAAUUUUGGAUAUGGUGGAUGUGAUAUUUGCUUGAAUUUGUACUUCUAGAAAUUUACAUGAAAGCUUUCUGACUUA